GGUCAAAACACCUCCACGAAUGCCACGGCUCUGCUGCUACUGCUCAAUCUCUCUUGGCCACUAUCCUUUCGUGUGUUAUACUAUGAGGGCGCUGGCAGUGUUGACUUUUGCGGCCGCGGCCAUCCCACUCAAUGCCCAGUUCGGCAUGGCGCCCAAUCCAAAGAGCGAACCAGUCAAAGGCGAUCUGGCCGCAAUUAAGUGCGGGGUCUGCCAAGGCCUGGCGGAGCACCUUUACGAGAAGGUGGCGGAGAUGCGGGAGGCGGCGCCUUUCGGAAAGGUCCAUGAAGACGAUAUCUCGACGGUGAUAGAGGGAGCCUGCGACCCCGCAACUAAGGAGGGUCGAUGGAUCACGGAGUACGACAUCGUGGAGGAGGGGGGAUAUCUCGAGUUGAAGAAGCAGGACAGCUUUUCCCACUGCAAGGAAGAGUGCGAGACCAUUGCCAAGAGCUGCACGGUGCUGGUGGAUGACGAGUUGGACGUUGAGGAGGUGGUUGUGGCACUAUGGAAGAACAAGCUGGGAUUGUCGGAGCUUCAAAAGGCAGCUUGCGGGGAGUGGAGCGAUCGGUGCUCGGGGAAGAAGCGCGUGAAGGCUCCGAAGAACCGCCAGGAUUACGAGUUCGAACCGAAGACGGCGAAGGACUUCGAGGUGGCGGAGGCGAUGGCGAGGUUGCAGAACUCAAUGGGCGGGAUGGGUGGACCGGGAAUCUACGGCCCGGAUGAUCUCGCUGCGAUGGACGCGAUGAUGUCGCAGAUGGGCGACAUGGGUCAAGACCCAUUCGCGGACGACUUUGACAUGGGCGGAAUGGGCGGCAUGGAGUUCUGAAGGAGUUUAGCAUGACGUUUUACUAGUGUACGCCCGAUCUGGUGGAGGAACGAUACAUUUCUGUUUUGUAGACUACGGGCGUUUCGGCCGAUGAAGGGGAUUCACAUGGGGUCCAAAGUAGGUUUUGUGUGUACAAGUGGCACUGGUUCCUGUUGUUGUUGAAGGGGUGUGGCAAGGUUGAUGUUCGGCCUUGGCCAGGUGUGUGGGAGGGACAGAGGGUGCUCAAUGGAGGGUAGGUAACAUCGUGUUGCGUUUGUGGUGUGGUAUGCAUAUGGUGAUCGUGUUGUUGGUGGUUGAAGGGAAGGUGUUGUUUUAGUGAACGGAUCCUCCGCGGUUUGUUGCACAAUUCAGGGAGGACGAUAGGUGUUCUCCUUCCCUCGGCAAUGUGAGAUGACAGUUUUUUUUGUGUCUCAUGACAGCAAGGGUGUGACUCCUUUCUCUCGUCCGUGGUUACGACCGUCUCCGCGCCCUAACCCCAUUAGACUACGUCCGGACAUGCCAUGUUCCGAAACCCGCAUGACAGCAGUGUUUCGGGGUCACAGAGGGGCGACCCCACUUGAGAACCUGGGAAAUUCCGGCUCACGAAAAUACUACUUUAAUGUUGGCCUAUCGUAACAUGUGCUCACAUCCGUAAGGGUCCU